UUUCAUUCCAACUGUUGUUUAUGUUUUGUGACUUUAAAUUGUUGUUACUUUUAGUGAUUUUUUUAUUGUGAUUUAUGAUAUGAUUAGUGAUCAAGAUUCUAGUAUUUCUUACCAAGGUAAUUUCGAAACAACACGAGAUCAUCAACUGAAAGGUUAUGAUUAUUUGCUUAAAUUUUUACUCGUCGGUGAUCCGGAUGUUGGCAAAGAUGAAAUAAUGAACAGUUUAGAUUCGGAUGUAUCAACAUCUUCCUCGUCCUUUUCUAAUUAUGAACAACAUUUCUCUGGAUCUCCUGGUGUUGCCUUUAAAUCAACACAAAUUCUACUUGAUGGUAAAAGAAUUAGACUUCAAUUAUGGGAUGCUUCUGGACAAGGGCGAUUCUCCACAAUAAUUCGCUCAUAUUCUCGAGGGGCUCAAGGUAUUCUUUUAGUGUAUGAUAUAACCAACAAGUGGUCAUUCUCUGGUCUCAAACGAUGGCUUCGUGAAGUCGAAGAGCAUGCACCCGGAGUACCCAAAAUUCUGGUUGGUAAUCGACUUCAUCUAGCAUUCCAACGUCAAGUCAAUGAACAUUCAGCUGAAAAUUACGCAAAUAGGUAUAAUAUGUCAUUCUUUGAGGUGAGUCCUCUCUGUAAUUAUAACAUUCGUGAAUCUUUUGCUGAACUUUCCCGAAUGGUUUUACUUCGCAAUGGAAUGGAAAACGUUUGGAGGCGUAAUACUGUUCUUUCAUUACGGGAAAUUUGCUGUCGAUCCAUUGUCGCUUGUACCACCGUCUAUGGAGUUGAACAGUUACCUUUACCACCGAAACUAAAAUGUUACCUCAAGUCUUAUUCAUCAUUGACCAGUUACACUAUGAGAUCGGCUCGAUCUCAUACACACCACUCCCAUUCAUCGACUUCAUCCUCAUCCCACAAAUAUAAAGAUCUUAACAAUACCUUACGACGAAAAGCUAAGGCACUUUUUUCAUGUGAUACAAAUAAAUCUCAUUCAUCUAAUAGACUUCAUAAUGUACGAGGUAUCGGUCAUCAUAAUAACCAUCACAAUCAUCAUCAACAUCAGUACAUUUACCGUCACCCUAAUCCCCAACAAGAACAACAACAACAACAACAACAACAACAAGCUCAACACCAUCACUCUUCAUGUAGUAGUUCAACUAACGUUGAUUGUCAUCAAAAAAAUUGUGUGAUCUCCUAAGGAAACAACUUUUGUCCAAAAUGAACAAACAAAAAAGUAAUCAUCUAAUUAUUUGAUUCUAAAGGAAGUUAAUAUUUAUCAAUUUUUUGUUAUUAUGAUUUUAUAAAGAGUUUUUUUCUCAGAUGAAUAAACAAUCAGGUAUUUCUAAGAAAAAAAAAGUUAUUGUUACAUUUGAUUUAAUAAAAUUACAUUUCAACAAUUUG